AUGGGGAGCGGGUCGUGGAAAGAUCCAGACCCAGGAAGAGAAAAAAACAAAGCUGAAGCGAAAAAAAAACAAACCCUAAGAAACGCUAGGCGUGCCGCCGCCGCUGGAACCCCUGGAACGCUGGAGCCAUGGCCGCCGCCGGACUUGAAGAACGAUAGAUCACGUGGUGGUGGACGUUGUUACUGGAAACGAUUGGAGCAGUGGAAUUUGGAUAAGACAGCGAUUGGGUCUUGUGAGGUUACCGAUUGGCUGCACCCAAGGAAGGGUUUGAUUUGGCUUGUUGCUCACACUCAUCAACUAGCAACUAUUCGUAAAAGUUGCUGUACAGGUACACGACACUAUCAAUCCAGUCUAAAUUGGGGAUCCUCCACUUCUUCCAUUAACCAAAGUCAGGAAACAAGGACAGAUAGCCAAAAUCUGUUGCAAUACCGGUUCUUCCAUCGAUUUGAGCGGGAGAAGAAGGACGGUUGUAUUAGAGUUGAAGAAGGUUAUGCUUGUGAUUUGCAAUAUGCUAUGCAAAAAUGGUUUAGCAGUAAUGUCUUGUGUGGAAAUGGAAUAUGGUUUGCAAUGGACUAUGCAGUGGUGGUUAUGGUGUGGAAAGGGAAUAUGUUUUGCAAUGGACUACGCAGGUUUUAG